GGCGGCAAUUGUAAAUCCAAAACAGUGUUGAAGGAAGGUGUCACAAGGCUGUAGCUAACAUUGAACAUAGAUAGAAUAGUUAUUCACAAUUCAGAAAGAUCACAAUACAGUUAUGUCUCAAAAUGUUUGGCAGAAAACGAAGGAAGCAGUUGCAGAUUUCCGAAAGCUUCUACUUUGCUCGAAAUGCUCAGAACUGAUGAGUGAGCCGUUGUGCCUUGGAGCCUGUGAACAUAUGUUUUGCAGGUCUUGUGCGGGCUCCUGCGCAGGGGGUGAAUGCAGCGUGUGUUUCAGCCCUGCGUGGGUAAAAGACAUCCAGGUCAACAGGCAGCUCAACAACAUUACAGAUCUCUUUCGCAAUCUAGAGGCACUUCUUAAUCCUCCCGAGGUCUCAGAUGUGUCUCUCUUGUCAGCUACGCCUCCAAAUAACCCCUGUGAGCUGUCGGAGACGAGCCCCAUUGUCAAGCCCAAGAAGAGGUACCGGAUCUGGACCAGCCCCAGAAGCCACCGGAUACGCUGCCGGGUGGAGAGCCGCGGGGAGACCAGCCUCCUCACCGCAGACUCAAGAGUCCAGACUCAACCCAGGCCUCAGAAGGCCUUGUUCAAACAGCCGGACGCGUCCGUGUACAACUUCCCCGCAUCCUCCCAGGAUUCUGGCUCCUCCUCGCCCCCAAGGACGAUGAGAGGCGGCGGCGGCAAGAAGAAAAGAAAAACGAAAAACGACUAUGUCCGCAAAGCUGUAGAGCGCGCUCAAGCAGCCAUCAAAAGAACGCAGAAGAGGAAGCAGCAGCUCGAGGUGAUUAACCAGCAGUGGGGCUUCGGCGUCGACGCUGGUGCCGUUGUGAAGACACAAGAGGACGAUGAGGGGGAAGGGAGUGGCAGGGAGGAAGAAUGCAAGAGGUCCGGGAAGAGAGUGUCUUUUCAAAGCCCCGAUGCUCCCCUCCCUGAAGAUCAUCCAAAAGAAAAUGCUCCCCCCUCAGAAAAUCGUGUCACAACACCCCGGCCUGAGACCUCGGACACGGGUCUGCCCACCGUGCCUCCAGAAUCCAUUAAAGACGUGGCCAGCCCAGCUCAGCGCUCUCCCUGCAGACUGCCCAAAAGAGCCUUGCCGGCAGAGAUGGACGCGGAUCAGCGGAGCACGCCGAAGAGGCCGCGUACGUCACCCGGCGGAGGGAGACGUCAGACCGCGGUGGACGAGCUCUCGGCCCUGUCCACCCCUCCGCUGUCCCCGCACACCCUCUCCUCCCCCCGUUGCAGCCCCGGAGGAGUCAGGCGAGAGCUGGUCGUGUGCCUCGGACCUUCACCCACCGGUGGGAGAAGGUCUCAGGGAAGGCAGAGCCCCUGCAGCCCAGCCUACAUGAAGAGAAACCACAAAGGGGAGUCGCCGCUCCACCUGGCAGCCAUCAAGGGGGAUGUAGAAGCUGUGAGGAGGCUGUUGGAGGAGGGCGCUGACCCUAACUUGAAGGAUAAUGCUGGUUGGACACCGCUGCACGAGGCGUGCAACCACGGCCACUUGGCUGUGGUGGAGGCUCUAAUCCUGGCCGGGGCGCUGCUGAACACACCCGGCUACCAGAACGACUCACCGCUUCACGACGCGGUGAGGAACGGCCACGCGGCCAUUGCCAAGCUGCUGUUGGAACACGGCGCCUCCCAGAGUGUACUGAACAUGUUUGGCCUGCGAGCGGUGGACUGCGCCGAGACGCCAGAGAUGCGAGAGAUCUUGCAGAUGGCCUCUGAGGGAGGUCGUCCCUUGAACUCCCCCCUCACCCCCCCAGCCAGCCUCAGCAAGAUCGGGGGCUGCGGGCAGAAGGACGGCCGCCUCACCCUUCUCGGGAGCAAGCUGACCCAGCCGCAGCGCCGACAGCUGGCCCAGGCGGCGCGGCUUCUGGGAGCGAGACUGGCCGACGCCUUCUCCAGCACAGUGACCCAUGUGGUUGUGAAGGAGGGCGCCAUGCCCACGACGCUGUCCACCCUGCAGGGCAUCCUCAACGGCUGCUGGAUCCUCCGCUUCAGCUGGGUGCGCGCUUGUCUGCAGGCAGGUGGCCGGCCCACCGAGGCUGAGCACGAGGUGGGAGAAGGACCCCAGCGCAGUCGCCUUAACCGAGACAACCUGCUUCCCCGGCUGUUCGACGGCUGCUUCUUCUUCCUGCUGGGCUCCUUCAAGCGUCCGGACAAGGGCGACCUGCUGAAGCUCAUCCGGGAGGGAGGGGGUCAGGUCCUGAGCCGGCAGCCCAAGCCAGACAGCGACGUCACCCAGACCCUGAGCGCCGCCGCCUACCACGCCUGGCAGGGCUCUGACCAGACCCUCUGCACGCAGUACAUCAUCUACGAGCCCCAGAGCGCCUACAAGCCCUCCAGGGUGCGCCUGGGCAAGGUGUGGUCGGCCCCCACCAGCUGGCUCCUGGACUGCAUCUCUGCCUUCCAGCUUCUGCCUGUUCCAGGGCUAGAACCACCGCAGGCUACCUGAUGCUGCAAGCAAGGAGGCCCUUUCCACAGUCAAGAACCAGGGGCUUGAGUGAACUUGUCUUUUCUGGGGGCUUUUGAGUGAACUUUGUCUUUUCUGUUUGUGUCUUCUCCUGUCUUCCACAGUAACUGCGCACAGCGUUUUGAAUCAUGAGUCUGUAGUGAAAGUGAAGUUCAUAAAGAUGCUGCAGUUUAGGGAUUGGUUCAAUAUAAUAAGAGUGAUUAGGAAUCAUUCUGGCACUUUCAGGCGGUUGAAUAAGUGGAAAAUCGAAGUCCUUCUUUCUCCUGCCAAGAUUAUUCUCUCUGUAAAAAUAUAAGCAGGAAACCUCUCAACCCCUAUUGUGUUCUCUUUCUACGUUUUCUGGGAAAAUAUAUAAACUAAAGAAAUAUAAAAGAAGUUUAUAAAAAAGCCUCUCUUUCUGCAUGUGUCAUUUGUAACACUAAAGUCUUUUGUAAAUCACAGAGAGUCUUUGUUGGAAAAUCCAAUGUCAAAAUCAAGAGUUUCUCUGUCAUAGUCUUGAUCAUAGUCUUGAAAAUUCUUUUAGAUAAAGUUUAUGUUCCCUGUCCAUCAAAACCAAAGCUUUGUUUACUUGCAAUCCAAAAAGCAUGUCAAGUUAACGACGAAGGAUAGACUCAAAUCUGAGGCAGACUGCUAGGUCUUUAAUAACCUUCAGAAAGGUCUGUGGUUGGAAGAUCGAUUAUAACCCGUCGUAGGGAUCCGUGAGGGAAAAGCCCCAGCAAUUAAUCCUCCAGUCACCGAGUUGGCACUUUACUUUCUUCAAAAGAAACAAACAACUUUUCUCUCCCAAUUGUUUUGGUUGGAAAAAAAAAAAGUUAUGGGGGGGGGGGGCGUGGUAGUGGGCAGAUUUCUGGCCCCACUCCUGGAGGCCAUCUCCCAGGAUGCUGCUUUCAUUGGGAUUAGUCAGGGAUGCUCCUAAUUGCUAUUGAUUGCCGUGAGCUGCAUUAAAUUGCUUUGCCCUCAUUCUGGAAGGAGGUGGAGGGAGGCAAUUAGUGCUGAGGACAGGAUUUGAGACGGGUGAUGAAUUGGAAGGGGGAGCGAAGGACCUCUGUGCACAGGACGAGGAAGAGGAGGCCAAGCUCUUUCCACCUGGCUCUGAAAAAAAAAAAAAAAAAACACCCAUGGGAUUGCUUCACAUAUUCGCUUCUGUUUCACUGACUGUCCAGGCUUCUCUCCGCCGGGCUGGAACAAGGACAGAUGAGGAGACUGGGUCAGGUUAAACUAAUGGUGUGGCAGUGCAGGUGCAGGUGCAGGGGGGGCGGGGGGGGGGGGCACCGCGCUGACCCUAGCAGAGCUCUUUUGGCUAGUGUUGGCGGGAUUCAUGAAGAGCGAUGCCCCACUCUCUCUCUCCACCGCAGCCGAGCUUGCACAGGGACAUGAUACUUUCCUGUGUAAAUGAAUGUCUUGAUGUGAAAUAGUGCCCGUGUCAGCGGUGAAAAAUUGCGCGUGUUUGCAGUAUCUGAUCUGUGUGCUCUCAGACACAGCCAGUGUUGGUGUCAGAAGGGGCAGGGGGUUGCUGGUGUAACUGUUCUGUGUUUAAAAAAGUAGGAGAGCCAGUGAAAUAAAUGAAUACACACACACACACAGAGUUGUAUUUUUUUUUUUUCGGUUGAAUAACACCUAUCCAGUCUAUUUAACAAAAUAGUUUUUGUCUUCAUAAAUAAUACACAUUUCAUUUUUGUCUCCACCGCUCAAUGCAGAAUACAUAUUGAAUGUUUUAAGAUAUUUACAGUUUUGUACAUAGAGUGAAGGGCACCAAAGGGUUAAUUUAAUUAGGAACCAAGAAAGCCAAAGUGUUUGAUCAGUUUCAGAACACAAAUAUAUUUUCUUAUGUAUGUUCUUAAUAUGUAUGACCAAACCUUUAAUUCUUUCUUUUUUAAAUCAUCUGAAAAAUAGUAGAUAUAUAGCCUUUCAUCUUAUGUGUAUAUUUUAAAUGAUAUAUUAUUAAAUGAUAACAGUUCAACCUUAAUAAUAACAUUUAGUUGCCAUUAAUAAUAAAAUCUGAUUGUUAACAGUAUUUUUCCUUCUCAUCUUUUAUACAAUUUAUAGUUGGUUUUCAGGCACACUUCAUGUUAAAAAAAAGAAAAAGAGAACAAUCUUUCAUAGCCUCAGCUACAGUAAUUCGGUGUCUCAAGAGAAAAAAAAGCUUCACAUCUACAAAAUGGACAGCAGAGAAGCAAAGGUUCACUUUAGGUAAAGGGGAGGGGAGUGCUCAUGUUUGUCUUCCUAUGCACAAAAGACUAAACUGCCACUAAAAAACGAAAUGAAAAGACAUACUAGAGACCGACUGCUUCAACAGAUCAUCUUCAAAUUUGCCCAGGAGCAAAAGCACUGCAUGGAACUGAGAAUGAACCAAAUAUUUUGCUGGGUGACAAUGUGUUAGUUGUCAAAGAGUCUAGACAUCCUGCUGCUCCCUGAAUGAUUGUCAAUGGGAUAAAAAAAAAAAAAGAAUGGCGUAGAUUUCUUUCAGUGAGAUUUGUAAUAUAUUCUGAGGAAAAUGUAAAUAAUGGACUGGUUGAUCUGAAACGAAAAUUGAACUGAAACCAAAUUAAGAAUGUGAAAAAAAAAUGCAGAUAGAACUCUAAAAACAAAACGGCUGUUUUACCACAAAAUUACAUUUUAAGCCUGAGAGUCAAUGUUAUAACACUGCUAAAGGGACAGUAUUUGUGUUUUACUGAGAGAUAUAGUUCACAGUGCAGAAUUGCCUCUUUUCACUAGAGUGAGAGGGUCUCUCUGUGGUACUACGUGGAGUUUGGUAGAGCCUGGCUAUCAGAGCAGAAGAGAGCAGUGGUUAGCAUGUUGUCCACCCGCUGAUGUCCUCCUCUGUCCCUGCACUGGGUAGUGUGUCUCUGGGGAGGCGAUCAAAGUGAGAGAGAGAGUGACUGGCAGUAAAAUGGGAUAAAUAUAGCAUGUUUUCAAGCCUCAGCUGUGGAUCCUGCUUGCAGCUGUGGGUUCUGCUUUGUAUGGAGGGCUUCAGACUGAGCUGCACUGAGAUGGCCGCGGUGUUUCUGCCUCAAAUCCAGCCAUCUGAUCUGGAAUCCCUCUUGCUCCCUCUCUAUCUCACAUUCUUUUCACUUUAACGUUCGAUGUCAAGCUACAAUGAAAGACUUUUCUAAAGUAUAGUGAGUUUGAUUAAAACUUUUUCACCUCUUUCCUUGUGUCAUUCUAGAUAGUCAAAGAUAUUUCCUGCCUGAGAUCGAAUCUUGGUUGAGAGGAUAUGAAGAAGAUAUGCAGGGGGCCUGAAGGGCAAAGGAACCUUGGAGAGAGAGAGAGAAACAGAGAGAGAGAGAGAGAGAGAGAGA